UGACCGGACAUCGUGACAACUUACCAGUGAAUGUGGUGGCCCUGCAUAUCAUCUGCUCUUUCUAAACUGCAUAGAAAACAAUAUGCUAUGCAGCAACUUGGCAUUUGGAACAUUCAAGAUUUGUGCAGCUUCCAAGACAUACACAGGGACAUAGAGUUGACCUGCAUGCAGAGAGUCAGAAUGGACUUGAAAAUGUUUCUUUUCUUGGAAAGGUAGCUUGAUGCUUGUGCUUUUCAAGACAAGUUUUUUAAGUUGUCUGAUGUCUAGAAAAUGCCAACCCUUCAGAAUAAUAGCUCCGCUGGAAAUUAUAUGCGUGUGGGGGAUGAGGAAGUGCGGCAUGAAAUUUUGCCCAAGACAUUCAAAUGGCCAAGGUUGACAAGGUGCCGUGUCACCUUCAUCAGUUUUUUUGUCGUUGUCGCUGUUGUUUUCUUUGUCUAUACUUGCACUAAAACACUGGGAGUGUCGCCAGCUUCAAUCUGCUCACUGGUGCAGUCCCAGAAAGUUGCUGUUAGUCUACCUCCUGAAAAUACUCCACCUUCAGCUGUGGAAAGUGAACGUCGGCACCCGGCCCACACCCGCCGACGUCUACCUCAGUGUAUUAUAAUCGGGGUCCGGAAAGGGGGUACUCGAGCUUUGCUCCGUUUUCUGAACUUACAUCCUAACAUACAAGCAGCCGGCAGGGAGAUACACUUCUUUGACGAUGACUACAACUACAGUCUGGGCUAUGACUGGUACCGUAAGAAAAUGCCAUUCUCAUAUGCAAAUCAGAUUACCAUGGAGAAAAGUCCUGCAUACUUUGUGAAUGAGAAGGUUCCUGAGCGUGUGUGGAAGAUGAACCAUUCCAUCAGUCUACUUUUGAUUGUGAGAGACCCAGUUCAGCGGACCAUCUCUGACUAUGCACAGCUCAUGUACAAUAAGAUUGACCGAGGUAAGACGUUCAAAAGAUUUGAGGACAAUGCCAUUGACCCUCUGACCGGAGAAAUAAAUGUGCAUUAUGCUGCAAUCCGCCGCUCCGUGUAUCAUCGCCAUAUGGCAAGGUGGCUUAACUUCUUCCACUUGCGACAGUUUUUGAUUGUGAGUGGGGAGGAAUUGGUUGAUGAUCCAGUCAGGGCUAUAAAGAAGGUAGAAGACUUUCUUGGGCUUGAGCACCGUAUCGGGCAGGACUUCUUUUACUUCAACGAAACAAGGGGGUUCUAUUGUGUCCGUGAGGAUUCUAGAGAGAGCUGUUUGGCUAACAGCAAAGGGAGACCCCACCCUGAUAUAAACCCUCAGGUCGUUAAAAAACUCCGCAGGUAUUUCCGAGGUCACAACGAAAAAUUUUUCCAACUUGUCAAUCAAAGGUUUGAUUGGCCAACAGAAUAACGCAGACAGUAGUUAAAAAGCAGCUUUCCUGAUUGCUUAAAAACUCAACCAGUCUUGUUUUAGCACCUGCAUACAUGUAUUUGCUUGAUGCUGUCAGGAUUUCAUAAGAAAUGAAAAAAAGAAAUUUGAAAGAUGUGUUAGUGGGAGGUGAAAGCAGAUUCAGGUGCUAUCUCAGUGUUUAUGUGUUGUGUGUUAAGGGCAGUAUUAUAGGAGUCACUCUUCCAGUGUUAUUAUUUCAUUUGUCAGAGAAGCACACAUUUUAAUUUUUUAUUUUUCAAACUUUAUUUUACCUUUGAGUUGCGUUUUACCUCACCAGAAAAAAUUCAGAUUAUCAGAUUUGAUAAACAGAUCCGAGUCAUUCAUCAAAAUUAAUCAGGGAAAGUUUUUAUUUCAUGAUUGUACUUUAUUGUUAUAUCCGACCAAAUUUGUGGUUUUUACACAAAUAGUAUUGUUUUGUUUUUGAGUGAUUAUGUUUAUGUUUCUUAUUGUUAUUAUUAUGAUUGUGAAUUUCAUGGGUGUUAAGAGGUUGUCUUUUUCAUGUAUGCACACGUUUAUAUCCAUUUCUUUGAUGUUUAGAUGUAACUUAUCUUUAUUUAAUGUGGAUCAGUAGUCCAAACUAAUUCUUUUUUUAUGGUGAAGAUUUCUGUAGCUGUGUCCUUAAAAGGAAAAAGAAAUGAAUGGUUUGAAGUAUUGCCUCUGGCAUAUGGGAACAAAUCGUGGGAAAAUUGUGAAAUUGUUAGUCCAGGGGAAGCUACUCUACAACAAAAUUAUUUAACUUUAAGUGAGUCCUGAUUUACAUGAAUCUAAACUGUUUUUAGCAUCGGUAAUGUAUCGGAAUACCUACGAUGAAAAUGUAGCCUAGUGUUGUCAUGUUCAAAUUUUCUUGUACAUGUAUUUACAUGACAUUUGAUCUUUUGCCUCAGAUAAAAACUGAAGGAUUUUAUGGAAAAGCAAAAUUAUACCCACACGUGGCUGUUAAAAGUUAAACAUAUGUAAUUGUUUUAUGAUGUAAUAUUUCACUAAAACUCAGGAAUGGUUGUAUAAUGGAGAUGACAACUAAUAUACUUUCUUCUUGAGUGUACAUCAUAUGGUUUCAUCACAGGUAGAUAAGUUAAAAUUGAUUUGCUGUUUCAUUCCCACCCUCUGAACAAGGGAGGAGGUCGUGGUAUUCUUUAUUCCUUUGUUCAGUUGUUUAGUAUUUGUCUAUAUGUAUUGUGAAUUGAUCCAGUACUGAUGAGUUUAUACUCAAUUCAGAUAUGAUAAAGUUAUUUUAUGCAGGUAUAAAAUAGCUGCAGUUGUCUUUAUUUUACAUCUUUAAUACACAAAUUAUACUUUAACAUUCGUCCAUUUAAUUUUAUUUUACUUUCUGAAAUUUAAAUUUUCUGUUAUUUUCUCCGCAAAAGUGUUAAGGAAGUCAUUUACUGAUAUGUGUUCUUAAAUGCGAAAUAGAUGGACAUAUUGAUGUUUUGUUUUGUUAGAAGUCAUUUUUUUAUUUUCAUACCUUAGCACUAAUAGACCAGGGUAGGGGUGGUGGUAUAUUGAAUUCAAUUAGUGCAGAUAUUUCAUACAGCUUGGAAGUGUGGUUUGCCUUGGCUGUGAUUCAGCUUGUCUCAACUAUGUAAUAUUAGGGUAGUUUUGAUACAAAUGCAGCUGACCAUCCCUUGGUUGAAGGAAAUAGAUACUUGUUCAAUGGAACAUAUGCAGUCGUCUUAUAAUAUCAUAUUAAUUUAGAAAUGAUCACUCUUGAUAUUGGCGCUCAGUUCGAUAGUGGAAGUUACUGUUUGAUGGGUUAUUUGAGGUGUGUUUCAUGUUUAUUUGUAGUGUUCAAUAUUUGCAAGUCUUCAUGUUUCUAAGAGUCUGUCACCCACAUUAUGUCACAACUUGUGCAAGGAAAUCUUCAAGUUUACAAAAUGUUUAUGCAUGUAUAACUAAGGAGAAAAUGAUAUAACAUUGUUCAGCUUUUAUUGCUGCAAUGUAAAAUGUUCAUGGACAUAUGUGUUUUUAUAUCAAACAGCAGCCACAUAUAGGUGGGUUACUAAACAAAGUCUCCGUCCGUACGAAGGAAAGUCUACCAGCAACAUGCGGAUGGUCGUGGGUUUCCCCUGGGCUCUGCCUGGUUUCCUCCCACAAUAGUGCUGGCUACUGUCAUGUACUUGAAAUAUUCUUGAGUACGGUGCAAAACAUCAGUCAAGUAGAUAAAUACUAAACAAAGAGUGUAGUGCUCAUACCCUCAUUUAACUCAUCCAGCUUAAGAGAGAAGAGGUUGUGUGAGAGGGAGCUCUCUCUCUACUCAGGAGUUGUUAAGACCUCGCCACCACCACCACCCUUCCCGCAUUUCUCUCCCUUCCCCAUUCCAAACCCCUUUCUGUAUUGAGUAUAUCCCUCCUGCCCUCAUAUGGUUGGGUCACUCAACUGCAUUAUUUACAUAUGUAUUAUUUAGGUUUCGCAUAUUGUAAGAAAUAUGGAAUGUUUGUUUAAUAAAUCACAUGCACAAUUUACAUUAUUUAGGUUUCUUAAAUUGCUACAAGUUUCAAAAAUUUGUUUAAUUGUUCUCAAAAAAUAUAAUUCCAUGGACUUGGUAAAAGGUUAUUUCACAGAUAUUUUAUGUAUUCCUGAAAGAAGUUGUAGUCAACACGGCCAGGUCAUGUAACAGGUGCAUCUUGUCUGUCUUGUUCACAGGCUGCCUUGCUGUGUGAUACUCACAUACAUACGUAUGUUACAGGUAUAACAACCCAAAUCUAUUGCAGAACCAAGAAUCAAGCUGUGACAGUAGAGUGAUAUUUCCACAAUAUAAUGCAAGAGUGAUGGUGGAAUGACAUUCAUAGUUGACAGAAUGCCUCUCUGACAUUGGCACUAGGAUAAUAUUUACAUAUAGUUCAAAGGCAAUUUGACCAUGGAUAUAAUUACAUUGCUUAUACUCUCACAACCCACAGUGUGCACAACUAGUCAGAUUCAAUCUGCCGUUGGUAAGGUAGACAUAACUUUCACAAAACUUUGUGAAGCAAAUUUCUCAUAACUUAGUUUGUAAAUGACAUGAGUUAAGAUCAUCUCUCACCGAAUUUCUCACAUUUAUUUACACAGGUUAUAAACAUAGAAUGCAUAUGGUGCCGGUUUUUGAAAUAGUAACAAUUCUGAUCCAGAUGUGAAAGUAGAUGGACACAUUUUAUAUACAUGUAGUUCAUUUAACAACCUUGUCAGGCCAAAAUACAAGAUUUGAUAAUUGACAUGUGACAAUGCAGAGAAAUUGUAGGUUACAACACCAGAAUUGAGAUCUAUACAUGAACAUUUAGAUGGUAAAUCCAUCUGCACUCUAUUUUCUUUUCAGGGAAAGUAGAUAGCUGUACAUGUGUAAUGUGUCUCAAUGCAAAGACCCUUUAUGAUAUGUGAAAAACACAGGUAAUAUGAUGAUCUUUUGUGAGGUGCAGUUAGUUUAUUUUAAAUGUAAUAGUGCUACAGUUACUACAUUUUUGGGGCGUAGGCUGCAAACUAUGUAUGUGUAUUUAUUUGAUCAUACUAUGUAUGCGUAUCUAUUUGAUCAUACUAUGUAUGGGUAUCUAUUUGAUCUGUUGUAUGUCAUUGCGUAGGUUAAGGGUUGUUCUAAAAAUCAUCUUUAUGGCCAUAUUUUGCUGAAAAUAAGUUCUUCAAUGAAGGAUUAUGGUCAUAUUUAGGAAAUCAAUGUUUUAAAGAACAAAGACAAUGGUUACCCUGUUUAAAUGUUAAAAAUCUACCCCAGUUCAGAGAAAAGCUCGACUGAACUUCAGAACAUACAUAUGGUAUCAAACCUGUCACAUUGGUUCAAAAUGAUACAUUUAUAUAACACCAUUUAAUGAGUAUAGAUGAAUUGCUCUGAAGAACAAGUCUAUGGUUGUCUCAGUAAAAUUUGACUCAUUUGACAUGAAAACAUUCUUGAUUUGAUGUUUAAUCAGGGAAAUUUGAUGUAUAGCAAUAUUGCUGGAAUGACAUGAAAAGCCUUUGUGAGAACAUACAUGUAAGGUAAAAGUGGGAGCAACAGAUUCUCAGGGGCUUCCAAAGGAGGUACAUAUAUUGAAUAUAUGCUAAUUGGUCAAAAUUUUUUUUAAAAAUGACCAGGAUUAUCUGAGCCAUUAACCGUAUGAUUAUUCUUUAAACUGGAACACAAAAAGUUGCUGAACUGGAGUAGAUCUUUAAAUUUUGCAUGUUACUGUGUUAUUUGUCAAAUGCUACAUUAUGACCUUUAUGUUGAACUUUGUGUACAAAUGGAUGAUUUCUAAUGAAAUGAGCACACGUGGUAUAUUCAGGUGUAUUUUUAUCUAUUGAUGUGUUCAGUACGUUUGCAGCAAUUUGAAAAUAAAGUCUGGUAUACAUCUACAAC